GCUGUAGAAGUGUCAGUCCGAAGUCCAAUUGCCUGCUGGUUUAGUGCUAUGCUUUAUUGCUUUGGUGGUUCAGUUUUGUCUUCAUUGAUGCUGGCAGAACCUCCCAUAGCAUUUCUGGCAAAGGGCACAAAUAUUCUACUGGCAUCUUCAGUCUGGUAUUUUGUGUUUUACUGCCCACAAGACAUAUUCUGCCGGUGCUUUGCCUUUCUGCCUCUUCGGCUUCUGGUUGCAGGAAUGAAAGAAGUGACUAGGACUUGGAAGAUAACGGCUGGCAUUGCACAUGCAGACAGUCACUUCAAAGAUGCCUGGCUUGUGAUGGUAGCCGUGGGCUGGGCCAGAGGAGCUGGUGGUGGUCUGAUGUCCAACUUUGAGCAGCUGGUGAGAGGAGUGUGGAAACCUGAAACCAAUGAGCUACUGAAAAUGUCCUACCCUGUGAAGGUAACUUUGAUGGGAGCAGUUCUCUUCACCCUGCAACACAGCCAGUACUUGCCCAUAGCAAGACACAACCUCGUGUUUUUAUACACGAUGUUUCUUGUGGUCACCAAGGUAACAAUGAUGUUGACAAGAUCUGCAACUUCUCCAUUUGCUUCCUUUGAGGCUGCAUUAGGCCGUAUGUUCUUUGGCUUGCAAAAGGCACCAUCCAAAGUGAAGGCUGAAGGUGCCACAUCUUCCAAUGGCUCUUCAGUGUGUGACCGAUCUUCUUCUGAACAGCAUCGUGAUGGUGUUAAGAAAAGACAGGCAAAGAAAACAGAAUAA